AUGCUGAAAAAUUUAAUACGUCGAUUUUCGUCUGGGGAUCUACAAAAUGAUUUUAAAGAUGAUGAUAUACCAGUCGAAAUGAAUAAUGAAACAUUAACAAAUUCCAUAUCACAUAUAAAACAAUCACAUCAACAACAACCAUGGGAAAGAAAAGUAGGUCCUUCACCAUCGGCACCAAGUUCUCCAACAAGAAAUUUAUCAUUCGCAAAUCAAAUGAUGCAUGCAGCACUCGGUGUUGUUAAUCAAGCUAUGCAAAAACAGCCUACAAUAUCAACCGUAUCCACAAUGAAUCAACAAUCACAAAAUCAACAGCAAACAAAUAAAGAAAAAUGUAAAUUAUUACUUGUUAUCGAUGAUCAACAUACAGACUGGUAUACAUAUUUUCGAGGAAAGAAAAUUUUUGCGGACUGGGAUAUUCGUGUUGAGCAGGCGGAAUUCAAAGAUAUUAAUCUGGCUAGUUAUUCUGAUGCUGGUACUUUAGUAGAUAUUAAUGUUCAACGGAGUGGUACACGUGUUGUCCGAUCAUUUCGACCUGAUUUUGUGCUUGUACGCCAAUAUGUACGUGAUAUUAACAUUGAUUGGACUAAUAUUAUUCUUGGUCUACAAUAUGGAGGGGUGCCGGGUGUUAAUUCAAUGAAAGCACUGUAUAAUUUUCGUGAUAAACCGUGGGUGUUUGCUGAAUUAUUGAAUAUUCAACGACGUUUAGGUAUAGAACAGUUUCCAUUGAUAAAUCAAGCAUAUUAUCCCAAUCAUAGAGAGAUGUUGAUUUCGCCACAGUUCCCAUGCGUACUUAAAGUUGGUCAAGCCCAUCAGGGCCUAGGAAAAGUCAAAGUUGAGAAUCCUUAUAAUUACCAAGAUUUGACAAGUGUUGUCGCCAUCAGUAAUUGUUAUUCAACUGUUGAAACGUUCAUCGACGCCAGAUGUGAUGUAUAUGUUCAAAAAAUUGGACAAUAUUACAAAGCAUUUAUACGAAAAUCGUUGACAGGAAAUUGGAAAGCCAACACCGGUAGUGCAAUGUUAGAACAAAUUAAUAUGACAGAGAGAUAUCGUUUAUGGAUUGAUGAAGUUAGCCAAUUAUUCGGUGGACUCGACAUAUGUGCCGUAGAAAUUGUACAAACCAAAGAUGGAAAAGAACAUAUUGUACAGGUGAAUGAUUCAGCAAUGCAAUUAUUAGGCGAAACACAAGAUGAAGAUCGUCGAUCAAUUGCUGAAUUAGUGCUGCAUAAAAUGCAAAUUUAUUGCAGACCAGAUAAACAACCGACUGUACUGACGUACGAGCAUGUACAUAUACCAAGCCCUACACAGACAAAUUUUCCGGUUUCAUCAAUGCAAACUCCAUCUCCUAUUAGCAAUCCUACCUCACAUAGUAUGACGAAUCAUUCAACAGCAAACAGUCCACGUGAACUAAAUAGACAAUUACCGAAUGUGCCAUUACAAAAUAAACCGACUAGUAAUAAUAAUAAUAGUAAUGUUACUACAAACCUUUCAUCAACCGCAACAGGAAGAGAAGGACAUAAUCCAUUCUACAACCAAAAUUCUUCUCACCAAGCUCAUCUUCCUUCGACUACUACCACAAAUUUCUCUACCACUUCACAUCCAUUGAAUUUUCCUUCACCGAAUAGUACUAAUAAUACUCCAUCAACGCAUCAUACGAAUACUACUUCUCCUUCCACUGCUUUAACUGCUACAACAUCCGUAACGCGAACAACUCCCUCGCAAUGGAUGGGGACCAUUGGAAAUCAAUUUGGCUUAAGAAAACAAUCAUCCGCCACUUCAGAUGGAGAAGGAGCCUCUGACAAUACAAAUAAAGACGAGUCAGAAGAUACAUUAUAUAAUCUUAAACGAACAUUUGCUGGCAUAUUUGGUGAUAUGUAA